AUGUCACCAAUUAAAUCCACCUCACCCCGUGUGCGAAGGAACCCUCGUCGUGCGACUAGACCCACUCAACAGCAACCGCAGCAGAGCUUAGCGGAACGACCUGAUACCUGCAUUACGAGCAAAAGUAAUCUACCCCUCAACAACUCAGGUACAGCCUCUGAACAAACCAAAGUUCUACCUUCGAAAGUUUCCAACCCGAAAGGCUCUAACUGGAAAUCUAUCAAAGCCACCUUGAACGUUGUGAAGAAGAAGCGAAAAAACAAAAAUCCUCCUCAAGAGCCUAUUUCGACUCAACCCGCUGCCAACCCACCCGCCAAGAAGCGAAAACCUAGGACCAAACCGAAAAAAGCGUCUGAGAAAGGUCAAGUACCCGGCAAGGGCGAAGUACAGACUGUAGCUUCAUCGCUUCCCGACAAAGCUCAGAACAAGAUGAAUGGCUCUCAACAAUUCACAGGAAACGUUGAUUUUAUAAGCUUUGACCAAUCUGAUCACGAGCACGAUGUGGAUGAUGCCAACCAAGCCAAUGACAGCCAAAUACCGAACAAGGGAAACAAGUUUCAAGGAAAAAAACGAUCGUAUGGGGCCUCACGUUUAGGUGUGACUGAUGCUGAGGCUAAUGAGGUUAGAAAGAAAAAAGGAAUGGCGAUCACCCCAUGGUUUGAUACCUUACAAUGGAAGAAUCGCAACGUACAACAGAUGCUCACAGCAGAGAUCGGUUCAUUUGUCGCGUAUAUCAGACCUACUCGUGAAGAAGACGAAUUAAGGUUGAUGAUUAUUGAGAUGAUCCGAAAGGCUGUGACGAUGCAAUGGCCUGAUGCGGAUGUAGUACCGUUCGGUUCGUUUGGAACCAAGUUGUACCUCCCCGGAGGCGAUAUCGAUUUAGUGAUAUUAUCAACCCGGAUGAUGAAGGAUGCUAAAAGCAAAAUUCUCUACAGAUUAGCACCUUUACUUCGAGAACAAAAUAUCGGUCAAGACGUUGUUGUGAUCGCCAAAGCCAAAGUUCCAAUCAUCAAAUUCAAAACGAUUUUCGGAAACUUUCAAGUUGAUAUUAGUAUCAAUCAAUCAAAUGGACUGGUAGCUUUGGAAAAAGUGAACGAGUUACUCGAUGAUGUGAAAUAUUUGAGUAAAGACCUACGAGCUGAACAGCGACAUCAUCAACAUUCUCGAAAUCAAAGUAAAAGACGCAACGAAGAAACGAACCUGGAGAUGGACGAAGAGGAAGAAGCCAUUAGUAAGGUAGUUGAAGAGUUGGGCGCUGCAAAGUGUAUGAUUCUAGUCAUCAAGUCCGUCUUGAAGCAAAGAGGGAUGAACGAGGUUUACAGUGGGGGGCUAGGUUCAUAUAGUAUCAUCUGUCUAGUCAUUUCAUUUCUUCAACUCCACCCUAAAAUCCAGCGUGGCGACAUCGACCCAAACAAAAAUCUGGGCGUCCUACUUCUCGAGUUUUUCGAGCUUUAUGGAAAACACUACAACUUUGAUGAGACGGGUAUCAGUGUUAGACAAGGUGGAUCAUACUUUAGUAAGAUCAAACGCGGCUGGCAACGAGAACGUCAGCCAUUCUUACUGAGUAUUGAGGAUCCCGCUGAUUCAACAAAUGACAUAUCUGGCGGUUCUCAUAACAUUCUCGGCGUCCGAAGUGUUUUUUCCGGAGCUUUUGACCUACUCUGCGCAACCUUAUACCACCGACAUUCCUUACAAAUGUCAAGAGCCGAUGCUGUCUCAUCUCGACGGCUUCAAACCUCUCGACCUCUCCUGGCAGUACCCAAGCCCAAUCAAGCAAACGAAGAAGAAGCAGACGACAUACAAGACCCUAUGGAACAAAGCUUAUUAGGAGAAAUAAUGGGAGUAACAAAAGAACUUGUUCAGAAUCGCAAGAAGAAUUAUAAACUAUAUUACAGUGGAACGAUUCAAAGACUUCUAGGUAGAUCUCCUCCACCUUCACCCAAUGAACUCUCUCCUACAAACAAUCCAGGUAUCUCAAAAACCGAAAAACGUAAAAUGAGAAAAGAGAGAAAGAAAGGAAAACAGAAAGAAAAAGCUGAUGUCACUGAGGAAUUAAAUCAACCUAAGGCUGUAAGAGAAGACAGCGAGAUGGAGGAAGGUCAGCUGUCGGAUACCCAAAGCCAACACCACACUACUCACUAUGCAAAGGAUCGUUCGGCGAAGAAGAAGCAGUCUGUCGACGUGGAUUACAUCGAGCUAGAAGAUUCCAACGAACGCGAGGAUGGUAAACAAUCAAAGCGACGAAAGAUUGAGGAAUCCGACUCGCAAUGGGUUGUUGAUACUCAGCCUACAGUUAUUUACAUAGAUGACUCAGAUAGGUCCGCGUCUCGGAGACCUCCAGGUACUACGGAUCUGGAACUCAACUUAUCACCCUCACUAGUCACCAACUUAGUCUUGCCUAAAUCACAUAAAAAUAAUAAAGCAGAUCAUGAUGAAGAUCAGGACUCUCGAUACAACAUCACCAAGCCUUCGAAAACUAGACGGACUAAGUACGACGAUGACGAUGAAUCUGAAGGGAGUCAAAUUCGAGAGACAAAUCUUAUCGCUUCUUGUUCGUACCCUAUGACGGAGAAGCAAGCUCAAAAAAGUACAGAGCCUUAUUAUGCGGAUGAUGCAUCCGAUGAUAGUUUAACAGAGGAUGAAAUGCUAGUAGGAUAUCUUCGAGGUGCGACUCAUUCAAAUCGAUCUUCACAUCCUAAUGGACAAUAUCCGGAAGACGUCGGUUGCAGCCAGCUUUCACCGCCAGCCAUUCCUGCAACACCUUCUGGAACCCCACCGUCUGAGAAAGAUCACACAAGUGCUACUCGACCCGUUAACAAUAUUCAAAUCGCUGAUCAUCGAUCGAUAGAGUUAGAUUUCACCCCUGGUACACCUACAGGUACGCCACCCUCGGCAAGUCGACUUUCUUACGAAGCAAGGCAAAAAGUUUGGCUUUCAAAAGCAGUACCACAGCCAGAAGAUUGAUUGAAGGAUAUAGGAUUUUGUAGCUAUAUCUUUUAUGAAAGCUCUUUCUCUGUAAAAACCAAAUCAUCAAGCAGCAAAAAAAGAAAUGAUUGUUGUGUUACAAACUUCAAAUUAAAAUACCUAUCUGUAUGAGAAAUGAAUUUUUUUCACCCC